GCUGUGGGUGUGUAACUAACGCUGUCUCCAUUCCACAGAAUCAACUACUCACAUUAAAACUGCCAGUGCGAGCCCAACACUGUAGCUAGUAAUCAUCGUUAUUCACAUCGCCUCUAUUGAACCAAGGACUACUUGAAUAAUUCUGUUUGCUGGUCGUUUAUCGCCUGGUUUGACCUGCUUAACCACUGAAGUCCUGAACAGGAUUUGCGGUCCGUCAAUGAGGAACUACAGGCUCAUCUUCUGCCAUAACCUGAAGCAACCAUAGCUGAACAAUUCGUUUACUACUAGUGAGUGGAGCAGGAGAUAAAGUGAACUUCUGGGCAUUUCUACAAUAAGACAGACUGAAGCAGCUAGGCUGUGGAGGCGAUGAGGAAGAGCCUCAAUACUUCCCUCAGUGACUCCCUCAGCACGACCAGAGUGUUCGGGAUCCCCCUGGAGGAGGUGCAGCACAGCGGGCAGCCAGGACAUGAGGUCCCUCUGCUGGUCAGGAGCAUCGUCGAGUACAUUGAAGAGCAUGGAGGGCUGCACCUGGGUCUAUUUCUAGUGAACGGGAACGCAGAACGCGUGGAAUGGCUCAGGCAGCGCUACGACAGCGGCGUUGAAGUCAACCUGGAGAAGGAGGCCGACUUGGCAUCUGCCGUCAGCCUGCUACGCCUCUUCCUGCAGGAGCUCCCCGAGCCCGUCAUCCCUGCAGGCUUACAGGCGCAAAUAAUGCAGCUCUAUCAAGACUACAGCAGUGAGGAAGAGCUGGGCAGAAACAUGAAGUACUUCCUUCAACAGCUGCCGCAGGUCAAUUACAGUUUGCUCCGCUUCCUCUGCCGAUUUCUGUCUGGUGUGGCGUCUCUUCAGGAGGAGAGCUGGAGCAUAGGAGCUCUCGCUGCCGUCUUCGGGCCAGACAUUUUCCAUUUAGACACAGAUGCGGAGGAUCUGAGAGAGCAGGAGUCGGUAAGCCGUAUUCUGGCAGAACUGCUGGAGAACCAGGAGGACUUCUUUGACUCGGAGGACGAUGACAUUUCCAACACCAAUGACUACAGCUCCAUUAAUGACCAGAUCACCGAGCUCCUGGAGGAAGAGAAGUUGGAGGCUUGUGAGGAGCUCCCACGGGACGGGGAGGAUGGUCCCUCCUCCCUUUCCCCUAAACAUGCACAUGUCGCCCCCUCCCCCAGUUCGCACAUUUCUUCCAUCAGCAUUCUUCCUGGAUCUGCCGAUAUAAUCCAGAGGAGCAUCCGUGCUGCAGUGGAACAGCACUUGUUAGACUUACAGACAUCUAUUGACAAGGAGCUCGGCAGCUAUGAGAGUCAGGUGUUGGACUCCCAGCCCUUUCAGGGAAACAGCCCUGCUCAGAAGACAGCAGGGCCUGAGGAGCAUGAAGAUGUGCAGUCUGAAUCUGAGGCAGAGACUGAGACUCUCUCGGAGGUUACAGAGGAGGGCCUACCAUCAGAGAAUAGCGAGGAAUCUCAAGGCUCUCAACUCAGCAGCCCUGUCACGGAAGAAAGUUCUGGGAUGGACCUUGACACGGAGACUCUCAUAGACGCUGAGAAUCUCAGCACAGAAAGACUGGAGAACUACCCAGACUAUGAGCAGAUGGACCAGGCUGAUGUUAUCACCCGUGAGCCCGGAGACUGUGACCUGAAUGCUAAUAAUGAGUCGACAGAGCCAGACAGCGGCCCUCAGUCUUUGACCAGAAGCAUUUUCUCAGACAGUGAACAAGAAGCAUCAUGCCCCAUCAAUUUCCCACCCAUUGACUUCACAUGUAUGCACCUGCAGAGAGAAGGGAGCGACCCUGUGCCAGUGUUCAUGUCAUGGCAAGAGGAGACUGAGUCAGGGGAGGCCCAGCUGUCCCCGCUGGCAGGCCGCAUGAUGCCCCUGCCACUAGAAGACGAUACUCAGCCGCUGCUGGCCCGACGCUUCCUGGACUUUGGCCACAGUCAGCGGUUCUUGCAGCAGGACCACGAUGCUACAUCCUCCACCAAAGCUUUGCCCUGCGGGAGGCCUCGCCGUGCUUCCCUCACUUCCAAAGACAGUCUGAAGGGAGACAACGUCUCCCACCAGCUCACCAAGAAACUCCAGAACCUCAAGAAGAAGAUCAAGCAGUUUGAGGAACAGUUUGAAAAAGACAGAAACUACAAGGGUCUUUCUUUUUGUCUCUCUCACCCAGAUGCCAAACACAAGGCUGAGAGUGAGCUGACUCCGCAGACGCGUCCACGCAGUAACACUCUGCCCAAGAGCUUUGGCUCCACACUGGAUCAGUCGGCUCACGAGGACCACUUGGAGAGUGAGGCACGGGGUCACCGGCCCACAAGAGAAGAGACGCUGGAGCUUAUUCAGCACUGCAUCCAAACCAAAAGAGCCGAGGACGACUGGCCAGAGGACGUCAGAAAAAUGACCAAGGAGCAGCUUGCCAGUGAGAAAACAGUACUGCAGAAGAAUCUUCUGUACUAUGAGGGACUUCAUGGGCGCCCAGUGACCCGAGAGGAGCGCUUGAUUGUGAAACCCUUGUAUGACAGAUAUCGGCUGGUCAAGCAGAUGCUCACCCGUGUCAGCAUCACCCCUAUCAUAGCUUCUCCCUCCAGCAAACGGCGCAAUCAGAUGUUACAACCCAUCAUCGAGGGCGAAACUGCCCACUUCUGUGGUGAGAUCGAAGAAGAGGAGGAGGAGGAGGGCAGGGGCCAGCAGGAAAAUGUAGAGAUGCAGAGCGAGGGCUCAGAAAUCAUCAUGGACCCAGUAGCCCAGCCCAGCUCCCAGCAGCCCACUCAGGAGAACAUCCUCAGCUCUGGGAAGCUCAAUCUCGAUCUGCGUCUGUCCAGUUCCAACGCCUCCUCCAUGCCCGAGCUCCUGGAACAGCUAUGGAAGGCCAGAGCGGAGAAGAAGAAACUGAGGAGGACCAUCAGAGAGUUUGAAGAUGAGUUCUACCAUCAGAAUGGCAGGAAUGUUCAGAAGGAAGACCGCAUGCCUAUGAUGGACGAAUACAAGGAGUACAAGCGCAUUAAAGCCAAACUGCGGCUUCUGGAGGUCCUCAUCAGCAAGCAGGAUUCAUCCAAGUCCAUCUAAAUCAGACAUGGCCUGCACCAUCUCAAAGGCCCAUCCUGACAGAAGUCCAUCAACAUCCACCGCCGUCCCUCCUCACUCAACCACUACUACACCUGUGUACUCCAUCAUCCAAAAAAUCACCUACAGGAAGAACGAAGUUCCCUUGAGUUUGAUAUUCAGACUUUUGUCUUUCUUUUCCACAUUGACAAGCUUUCUCAUACUGAGAAUCAUCUGCGUUGAGUAUCGCAUCAGUUCUACAUGUGUGUAUAUAUAUAUAUAUA